AUGGCGUGUUGCGGGACCCUCAAAUCACACACCCGGCCGAUUGACUCUCUGAACUCAUACCCGAUCGUCUGUCCGACAGAGGAAGAGACGUACUUCAGCAGGAAGAGCGGCACCUUGCCUCAUCUGCUCGUUUCUGCCAAUUCAAUGGGCGCCCUCAAAGUCUGGCUCAUCCCCUCGAACAUACAGACCGCCAAAGCCACCAUCGACUCCACCUUCUGGCCCCACAAGACGAGCAUCAAUGACAUCAAGAUCGGCUGUGAUCUGCGGCACAAAAUCAACCACCAGACCAGUGCGCAACUCUGGACGGCCUCUGCUGAAAACGCCGUCCUCCAUUCUGCCCUUGACCUCCUGCCCUCGUCCACCCAGCGGAUCGUCAACAUCCUUUGCAUCAAGCAGCCUUACUUUGUCCGCUGCGUCCCCAGCCUCCCCCUGUUCUUCGCCCAGACAGUCCACGCUGAGACGGCCGUUCCGAACUGGUUGAUCACUGGCAAAGCGGACGAAGAUAUCCGGAUCUACGACCUCAAAGCUAUUGAGCAUCAGGAACAGGCCGUCUCGUCCAGCCGUCCGCUGCACAAACCAGCGCCUUCGGCCACAUUGAAGACAGUCUCCAAUGGCUGGUUUGGCGCCCUCAAGCGUCAUUGGCAUGAGGUCAACUGCUUGAGAAUCUGGAUUGACUCCCAGAUGCACAAGCCCUGGCUUGUCAGCUUGGGCUUAGACGGGACCCUGCGCAAAUGGGAACUGACAAUUCUCUAG